UUGUGAUCUCGUAUGGAAAACAACAUUCGUGUUAAAACUACGUGACAUGAAGUUUGUUUAAGAUGGCAACCAAAAAAGUAAAAAAUUGUUGCCGAUUUUCAAGAGACGAAAACAAAUUGCUUAUUGAAUGUGUCAAAAGUUACCCCGCACUUUAUGACAAAACACAGGAGGAGUAUAAAUGUAAGAUUGUACGUGAUCUUAUAUGGCAAAAAAUAGGGAAAACUGUCAAAAGAAGCGACUGUAAGACAAGAUGGCGAACAAUUAGAGAUUUAUAUAAUCGAAAAAUAAAAGAAAAUAUGAAAAAAACAGGUUCUCCUAUUGGAAAGAGUAAAUCUUGGGAGUAUAUGGAGCAAAUGUCUUUUUUGAAAAGGAUUCCUAACGAUGAGAAACCAUCAGAUCAGAUCAGAAAUCAAAAGAGUGUCAUCUCAACAGAUGAAAUAAUCGAGAUCAUAGAAAAAGAAAGUGAAGAGACAAUGGAUUUGAUAAAAAAAAAUAUUGAUCCGAAUAAAAAUAAAAUGCAUCCUAUAGAACUGUUCUUUGAUAAUAUGGCUAAAAUGGUAAUCGAAUUUCCACAUGAUUUAGCUGUUAUAGCAAAAUACGAAGUAUGCAAAAUUGUGACAAAUCUAGAAUACGAUUCACUUUCAUACUCGCCAAAAUAUGACACACGCUCAUCAGUCACCUCCCCAAGUCAAUCCUAUGACAACUAUUCAUCCGAAACUCUCUCAAACAAAUUGUUUCAAUGUUACAUCAAUUCACCUGACCCACCAACAUGUUCAACAGGUAUUUUAGAAAUAAAUUAAAACUAACUUUUACUCCUAGGAAAUAUUGUAUUACAAUACAUUUUGUUAA